AUGGCCGCUUUACCCCUUGGAUCUGAAACCAUAGACGACCAGAUAGAGUCAGCAAAGGAAUCAAUUCUGGCUGACCUGGCCACCAGAACUACCAAUAAGAGCCUUUUGUCUCCGAAAGUGCUGAUUAUUUGUGGAUCAGGCUUGGGAGGCAUAUCGGAGAUUUUGAAAGGUGAGACGGUCUCCAUCCCAUUCCACACAAUUCCAAACUUCAAGACUUCCACCGUCGAGGGUCAUGUGGGCAAACUAUUGUUUGGCGAAAUUGGCACCAACAAGGUUCCUGUGAUGUGUAUGGUGGGGAGAUUGCAUUUUUAUGAAGGCUACUCGUUUGAAGAGGCAACGUUCCCCGUGAGGGUGGCAGCAAGCAUGGGAGUGACUACGCUAGUUGUCACUAAUGCUGCUGGAGGCAUUAAUCCCAACUAUAAACCGGGCGAUUUGAUGGUUAUCAGUGAUCACUUGAAUAUCCCUGGUAUGGCUGGCUUCCAUCCUCUCAGAGGUCCCAAUUUAGACAAGUAUGGACCUCGGUUCUUGCCCCUCUCUGAUGCUUAUGAUUUUGAUCUCAGGUUGGAAUUUAUGAAAAUAGCGAAACAGGUUCUCAGACUCAAAAGAACCAUACAUGAGGGUACCUACUGUUACGUGGCUGGACCAACAUACGAAACUAGGGCUGAGGUGAGACUGAUUAGAAAGUGGGGCGGCGACUCGGUUGGAAUGAGCACUGUUCCAGAGGUAAUCAUUGCAAGACAUUGUGGAGUCAAGGUUUUCGGUCUGAGCUUGAUCACAAACGCAGGUUUGGGAGAGCCUCCAAUUAACGCAUUGGAAUGUUUGCAGAAUGGAUUGAAGAAGGAGGAUGUUUUAGAUCAAACGGAGGGAAUGGCUAGUCAUGAAGAGGUUUUGGAAAGUGCCAACAAUGCCUCAAAGGAUGUCAACAUAUUGGUUGAAGCAUUUAUAAACACUAUCAUCUGA